GCCUCCGGCGCAGCCGUGGCCCGCGCCGGCGCCGACGUCCGCGUGGGCGCCUCCGGACGCAUUCUCGCCGACGACGGCGUGGCCGGCGGUCACAAUAGAGACCGCGCCGCCGCCGGCAUGGAGCGCAGGCGACGCGAUGGCGCGCCUCGGUGGCGGCGCCGACUCGGACGACGACUUCGUCGUGCCCGAGGGUCUCGUGGACGUGGAACGGCGGUCGAACUGCUCGCUCGACGCGAUUGUGGCCGUGCUGUCGCAGUGCCCGACGUUCCGCCGCGCGCUCGGCAACGGCGCGGAGGCCGCGGAGUCGGACGCGCUGCGGUACCUCGGCGCGGCGUUCCGGGCGAGCGCCGAGGGCUCGGACGCGGGCGUCGACGCGGCAGUCGACGGCCUCCGCGCGGCGCUGGCCGCUCGCGGCGACCAGGACGAGGACGGCGAGGGCGUCCGGAGCGAGCUGGCGACGGGCGGCGCGCACCUCGACGUGGCCGAGGUCCUGGGAGAAGUCAUGUCCGUCCUCAGUACGUCGGAGCGGUGUCAGAAGGCCGCGAGUGCCUUGAGAACCAAGGGUCACAUCCACCAGCGGGCCUGCGUCAAGUGCGGGAAGCGGAAUGAGGACUUCCGCGACGACGUGGCCUUCGACGAGCUGGCGCGGUCGGCGCCGGCGACCGCCCUCGUGGACGCCGCGCGAAGCGGCACCGGUAGGGUCGCGGACACUUUCCGCGACGCGCACGCUCACGCGGCCAAGUCGUGCGACGCGUGUCACGCGCCGGCCGCGUGCGAAGUCGACGUGAUCCUGGACCACGCCGCAAAGGCCCUCGUUCUGAGUCUUGCGUGGUACUCGACGGAUCAGGAUGGCAACGACGUCGCGGCGCUGCUCGAGCUCGUCUGGCGCGACGCGCCGAUGCCUGUGGAGAAAGUCUUUUCUAAGAACCCGAACGGGCGACAGCGCGGGAGCAAGGCAGGCCUGCGCAGAUUAGACCUCUUCGCGGUGGCCGUGUUCCAGAACGCGCACUACACGGCUUUCGUGCGCGCGUCGGACGGGUCGGACUCGUGGACGUACCACGACCGGCGCUCGGCCGUCGCCGUCGGGCCGUUCGCGAACGUCGUGGCGCGGUGCCGCGCCGGGCCCAUGCUGCCGUACUUGCUGUUCUACGACGCGCUGCCGGCGCCGCCGGGGAAUUAACUAUUGGUGGUAGUGUG